AAAGAAAUUGCUUUCUGAACUCACAGAUACACAGAGAGAAGCACAGGUCAGACAGAAGCAUGGCGUCUUCUUCCUCCUUUUCAGAAGAUCUGACAUGUUCGGUCUGUUUAGGCAUCUUCACUGAUCCAGUAAGUGUCUUCUGUGGACACUCUUUCUGCAGGAAAUGCAUCACACUUUCUCUGAAAUCACUGGCUCGGUGCCCACAGUGUCGGGCGACUGUUCCUACAGACAGGAUGGAUUUCACAACUAAUCACAUCUUAAAAAGUCUUGCUGAAAAAGCAAAGGAGAAGGAAUCUGGAAAAGACACUAAGGUGGAUGGACUCUGUCCUGAACAUGAGGAGAAGCUGAAGUUAUUCUGCAUCACAGACCAGCAGCUAGUUUGCAUCAUCUGCAGAGAUGGCGAGGAGCAUGAAGGUCACCAGUUCAAACCAGUUAAAGAAGCUGCUGCGUCGCUCAGAAAACAGCUGGAGAUGUUUGAACAAUGCACUGCCGACGAUAUUCAUGCUGUAGAACGUCUCGCUGACGCACAAAAGGACGAAAUGUUUAAAACCAGAGAGAGAUCUCAGCGGCUGUUGGCUCGGAUCAGCAAGCAGUUUGAGGAGAUGCAUCAGUUUCUGAGGAGGAGAGAAAAUGAGAUAAAGAGCGAGCUGAAGCACAAGGAGGAAGACAACGUUGAGAAAAUGAGAGAGACUUUCCAAGCUACAGCCGUGGCUUUGUCUGAGAGCAGAGAGCUGAAGGAAAAAGUCUCCACGGUUCUGAAAAUCACAGAAUCGGAGAGCUUCUUAAAGAGCUGGACAGAGGGGAAGAGCAAGGGGGCGCUAGAGCAUGUGUUCAGGCCCAGAGUGAAUGAACUCCAAGUGGUGGAGUCUUCUCUCUCACUGGGGCCGUAUGAGAGCCACCUGCAGUUCUUCAUGUGGAAGGAGAUGCUUCAGGUGAUCCAGCCCUGGGCAGCACUGCUGACACUGAAACGCGACAGUGAGGAUGUGGUCGUGUCUGAUGAUGGGAGAAGUUUGUUCUGUAAACCCAAAACACCUCAAGUCUUUGGAUACUCCAAAUCACAAUCUACAUAUUUUGACACUGUUAUUGAGAGGCAAUAUUUGCAUCAUCUGUCUGCCUUUGGAGCUUCACCCAGUUUUCCAUUUCAUGGAUCUAGUUACUACAGCCAAAACCCUUCUGAAGCCUUCCUUGGCUUCAGCGCUUGUGGUGCUGAAGCCACAGUAGACCUACAAAGUGCAUCCAGUGUCCGUGAGUUCAGAGCCGGGCAGCAUUACUGGGAAAUUGAGGUUGGCAGCAGAAACUAUUGGGAACUGGGGGUAAUGCGUAAUCUCCUGAAAUAUGAUGGAGUAAAAUAUGCCAUAUGUGGCCCAAAUGUCACCACAGAUCUAGAGUUUGGAAACAGACCCAGAAAGAUUGGGGUUUACUUUAACUGCUCUUCUAAAGAGCUCUCCUUCUAUGACGCAGACACCAUGACACACAUCCACUCUGUGAGCGCUGUCGGUGUGACCACACCAGUGUCCGCACAGAUUAACAUCCAACACAAGGAGCCGGAUCAUAGUCCUGUCACUGUCUGCUGGUACUGAGCAGCACUGCAGUUCAGCAGAAAUCACUGGAAGUUGAGCUGAAAAGUACAGAACUGGAUCAAAUAUGACUUAGACUUAUACAAACUUUGUUUAUUUUGAAAUAUUCUCAUAUUGGUAGUAGGAGUGUUUGAGAUCUGUUUGUAAAAAAAUAUUUCCCCACAGCCAUGCAUUCUUGUCUCAACAGAUGAGUAACGUACAGACAGGCUGUUGUAAAUAAUAAUGCAAUAGAAAAUAUGUCAGAUGUAUUUGAUUCUUACUGAGAUUUGGAGAGAGAGAAAAUCUAAGAUGAUUGUCUUUGCAAUCUGAGAGUCAGUUGAAAUGGUUUUUAUUUAUUUCAUCUUCCAUGCAGCGUUUGAUGGUUAACAACCGACAAGAAAUAAAUCAUCUGAGCUUCAGGCGAAAUUUAUUAUCUGUUAAUGAAAAAGUUAUAUUGAAUUGUGAAUCUUUCUGGAUUAUAUAUUUUUUGCAUGAAGGUUUUAUAAGCAGCAUGAAGUUAUUUUCUACUCUCAUGAUUAUUGCUAGAAACUUUUUUUCCCCCCCACUUGCCUUAAACUUUUUUGAGAUUAGAAAAGUAAAAUAGAUUACUAAAGUGUCUGUUUUUAUUGAAGUCAUGAUGUAAUUCUACCAAAAUGCUUUUAAAAAUACAGUUUGAAACACAGAAUAGAAAUAAAAGAUUUGAUGUACAUUUUUUAAAACUUGAGAUUUUGUCUCACUGGGAUAUUGAGUUUGACUAGAUGUAUUUAUCUUGAUGUCUAAACACCAUCAUCAUUUGACAUUGAGACAAACAUAAUGUCUUAGAAGAACAUGUUUGAACUUUCUCUGAACAUGUUCUGUGUCUUCUUUGUAUACAAAUGAAUAAAUUUGCUCACAUAUUAUCACA